AUGACAUCUCAGAAACUUCGUAUAGCCAUUGUAGGUGGUGGUAUUGGAGGGCUAACUUUGGCAGUAGCCCUCAGUCAUUUAAAUUUAGACAAACAUAUUCAGGUCGAUAUCUACGAAUCUACCGCGAAGCUUACCCAGGUUGGGGCAGGAAUCACGAUUUGGCCCAGGGGGAGGGAGAUACUCAAGAAUAUAGGUGUAGAGGCGUCCUUAGCGGAACGUUUGCCUGGUGAUCAAGAAUUACCUGCGCUCGGUGUCCCCAAACUUGCUUUUAUUAUUAGAAAGAGCGACAAGAAAAUCGGCGAGGUUAUUGCUGAAGUGAUGUUGCGAGGUGGAUCCAUUUCAAUACACCGCGCAGAUGUGCAGGAAGUCCUUCUUAAACAUAUUUCACCUUCCGUUAAAUUCCACCUCGCGCACCGACUAAACACUUACCGACGCACGAAGAAUGGGAUCGAACUCGAAUUCAAAAAUGGGGAAAGUGUAGUGUGUGAUCUGCUCGUGGGCGCCGAUGGGAUCAACUCUGCUGUCCGACAGACGUUCAUUUCUGAAGGGCAAGAUUGGUCAGAGGAAGAGAGGAUCAGGCAGGCGGCGCCUGUUUGGAGCGGGACGUACGUUUAUAGAGAUUUGAUUGACAGUGAGGUCGUCAGACGGGUAUACCCCACUCAUAGUGCGCUUACAAAACCUAUGGUGUAUUGUGGUAAAGACAAGCAUAUAGUCGCGUAUCCCGUUCGUCAAGGGAAGUUUGUGAAUAUGGGUAUCUUCUUGAGCUACCGAGAUCAAGAAGGAACUUAUCAUAGCGGACCCACUGUCGUGGAUAGUAUGCCGGACGAGUGCAUGCCACACUUCGAAGACUGGGAAGAAGAGGCCCGGGUGCUAGUCAAGCUCUCUUCCAAACCUUCAAAAUGGGCUGUACAGACCACCAAACCUCUAGACACAUACGCGAAAGGGCGGGUCCUCCUGCUUGGUGAUGCGGCGCAUGCUAUGACAGUUCACCUGGGGAAUGGCGCUGGCCAAGCCAUGGAGGACGCAUAUAUCCUAGCUAAUUUGAUAUCCAAGGCAACCCAGGAGAAACUAGAUGCUGUGAAGAUUGCAGAGGUGUACAGCGCUGUGAGACAGCCUUUUGUCAACUUUGUCGUACAGGCGUCUAGGAAUCAGGGGUUGAUCUAUGAGCUUAAUGCUCCUGGACUUGAGGAUCUUAAAGAUGGUGAUGAUGUUUCGAGGGAGGAUCUGGAUAAGCUCGCGGACCUGAUUAGGAGUGCAUGGGAUUGGACAAUAGAGUCGGCCGAUGAUGGUCUGCGCAAAGCCCUCGCGAUGUUGUAG